CAGAGUCAUUGAGAGAAAGCUGCGACAGUGUGCAGAGUGCAGACUAACAAGUGUUUUAUUUUUUAUCUGAUAAGUGCUCUAUAGUAAAAGUCACCAUGACAUUUGUAACUCUCAAUAAUGGAGCUAAAAUGCCCAUUGUUGGACUGGGAACAUGGAGGUCUGCUCCAGGUGAGGUAACAGAGGCUGUGAAGGCAGCCAUUCUGGCCGGCUACCAUCACAUUGAUGGGGCCCUUGUCUAUGAAAAUGAGAAUGAAGUUGGAGAGGGUGUACAUGCCAUGAUUAACCAAGGAGUGGUAAAGAGAGAGGACCUCUUCAUUGUUAGCAAGCUGUGGUGCACUUACCACGAGAAACACUUGGUAAGAGGAGCCUGUGAAAAGACCUUAAGUGACCUCAAACUGGACUACGUUGAUCUCUACCUAAUGCACUUUCCCAUGGGCACUAAGCCUGGAAAGGAUCUUUUCCCAUGUGAUAAGGAUGGCCAAGUAAUUCCAGACAACAGCAACUUUCUGGAAACAUGGGAGGCAAUGGAGGAGUUAGUGGAUGCUGGGUUGGUCAAGGCCAUCGGUGUCUCCAACUUCAACCGGGACCAGAUUGAAAAAAUCCUGAAUAAACCAGGGCUCAAGUACAAGCCUGCCAACAACCAGAUCGAGUGCCAUCCAUAUCUGACUCAGGAGCAGCUGAUUAACUACUGUCAGUCCAAAGGCAUCACAGUCACUGCUUACAGUCCUCUAGGUUCUCCAACCAGACCAUGGGCAAAGGCAGAUGAACCAUCACUACUGGAGGACCCAAAGAUCAAGGCCAUUGCAGAUAAGCAUGGUAAAACCACAGCACAGGUCCUAAUCCGGUUCCACAUGCAGAGGAAUGUUGUGGUCAUUCCCAAAUCUGUAAACCCCCACAGAAUCAAAGAGAAUUUUAAGGUCUUUGAUUUUGAGCUGAGUAAAGAGGAGAUGAACACCAUACUGAGUUUUAACAGAAACUGGAGGGCUUUUAUGCUGGAAUGGGCUUCCAAGCAUAAGGAUUAUCCACUGAAUGCAGAAUUCUAAAGCUUUAGUAAAUGAUGUUUGCAUAUUAACUGAUGUUAAAUAUGACUCCUGCAUUUCCCAUUGGGAAUACAUUAAGUGUAUGAAUGAAGUAUGUUAUGAGCAAACCCACAUUAUUAGCAUUUAUUCAAGUGUAAUACAGCCAUUUAAGGGACUAAAUGUGGUUAAAUGUAAAGGCCAAGUGAGUUUACAUUUAAAAACAUAAGCCAGAGAGCUGUUUGACGCAGUGCUUUAUUUGGGUUUUCAAAGCAUUCAUCAAUAUAUUGUAAAGAAAGCUGCUUUUACAAACUGGAAGUGCUUUGUUGUCAUUUUGAAAACAAGGAGUGUGCAUAUA